AUGUGCGUCGUUAUUUCAGCGAAACUGUGCGCUUGCAUAAAUGAACUUGCGCGACAAAACGCGACGUAUUACAAGCCCGCCGAUUCACCUGAUCGUCUGCGACUCGUCAAGAUGACUGCGCUGACGCCCGUUACCACGGUUCGUUCACUAAACGGCGAGACUGCCCCCGCCACAAUCGAUCCAGAGGUCUACAUAACCACAAAUGGCAGGGAGCGGCAGCACAAUCUAGAGGUUCUGAACUUACUACAAGCCUCGUUUAUGAAUGAGACCAACGAUCAACAGUUCCUCGAUCUGGGUUGCGGCACUGGAGACUUCACGCGCGACCACCUCCUCCCACGCUGCCCAGACGUCAAACGAAUCGUAGCCGUCGACGUUUCACAGGACAUGGUGGAGUAUGCUAAGAAGCAUUUCGACCACUCCAAGAUCUGCUACGAUGUCCUGGAUAUUUCGGGGAACGGUGUGGCCGACUUUGUUCAGCGAUACGGUGAAUUUGAUCGUGUCUAUUCGUUCUUCUGUCUAAACUGGCUUGUGGAUCAAGAAAAGGGGUUCGACAACAUUGCCGAAUUGAUGAAACCUGGUGGAGGAUGUCUGCUUUUCUUCGCUGGUUCCAGUAGUGCUAUGCGCCUGAAAAGGAGACUCGCAACUAUAACUAACUGGCAGAAAUACAGAAAGGUGAGUCGACAUUUGGCUCCUCUGAACACAAACGCCGUACAGACACCGCCAUGGUCUCCGAAAAACACAGAAAACGGAUCAUCUUGA